AUGUCGCCUUACUCGUCCUCCAUUCACACGCAUGGGUCAAGACCUCAAAACUAUCAUCCAUCAAACCCGCAAAGGAAUGCUCGGGUUGAGCCUUCCGGAUCUGCAAACCAACCAGCCCAACAGGAUGUUGAGGCAACGCCAGUAGCAGAAGGUCAAACGCAAGCCGAUUCGAGCUUAUCAAUGGUGCGUAAUCUCUUAUCUCAAGUAUUACAUGGAGCCAUACCCGGUAACGGCAAUGGAGUGCCGCUACCACCAGAUUUUGUGAAGAUAGUAACCACUAUGAAGACAUUGGGGACUUACCACUUUGAAGGAGAGCCAGAUCUUUACCAGGCGGACACCAUUGUAGUAACCCUAGUGUGA